CAUGACGCAUCUCUUUACUUUCUUUUACUUCUAAUUUGUUUAAUUGAGUUUCUCUUUCUGCAUACUUUGUUUCGUUCGUCCUUCAGAAAAAAAGAUUUUAAGGUUGAUUUGGGCAUAUCUUUUUACCAUGGGUUUCUCGCUUCUCUAUCUGUCAUCAUUGUGUCGGAAUUGGGCGACAAAACCUGGUUCAUAGCCGUAAUUAUGGCAAUGCGGCAUUCGAGGCUUACCGUGUUCUCUGGAGCUAUGGCAGCACUUGCGCUGAUGACUGUUCUCUCAGCUUGUCUCGGAUGGGUAACACAGCUGAUUCCACGUAAGGUGACAUACUAUGUGUCCACUGCACUUUUUGCACUUUUCGGGCUGAAAAUGCUCCACGAAGGUUACCAUAUGUCAGCCAGUGAAGGACAGGAGGAGUUUGAGGAGGCACAAGCAGAGGUGGCAAAACGAGAGAUGGAUUUGGAUGCCGGAAAAUUUAUAGAUAUGGAGGCUGGUAAUGCUGGACGUACUAGUUCUUCGUCUGCAUGGCUAAUUUUCUCAUUUGCAUCCCGAAUUUUUAUCGAAGCUUUCACAAUGACAUUCGUUGCCGAAUGGGGAGACCGUUCUCAAUUGACAACUAUCAUUCUCGCUGCACGGGAGAAUAUAGGGGGUGUGAUCAGCGGAGGCAUACUCGGUCAUGCUUUUUGCACAGGAAUAGCUGUAGUUGGAGGCAAAUUAGUAGCACAGCGAAUCUCUGUACGAACAGUCACGCUCGUCGGAGGUGUUGUUUUCUUAAUAUUUGCUCUAUCGUCACUAUUCAUCAGUGAUCCUGAUGAGUCAUUAUUACGGGUCGAAUAG